AUGCCCACCACCUUCGACGACCUCUCGCACGACGACCUCGUCGCCAUUGGCGAGGCGCUGCCGCCACUGACUGGCCGAUGGCGUCUCAGAGGAACGUGCCGGAGAGUCCGUGCCGUCUUCAACGAUCCGAUCGCUGGACUGCUGCUGCCGCCGCCAACCCUCAUCACAGAGGCCGUGACCAGAGGUCCGACGCAGGCAGAGGUCUCCAAGUACGGACCUGCGGGAGUGUCGUGGCCCGAAACUGCCAAGCUCAUCUCGAUACAGUGGGCCAAAGGCAUCCAGCCCGCUCAAGCGCCAGAGGAGGUCGGCAGCUACCCGGUUGGCGUCACAAUCUGGAGGUCGCUGCGCGAGCCCCAGCUACGCCGCGUGCUGCGGCAGGUCCGCUCGCUGGCCGAGGGCUCAGAGCGCAGCCCCGAGUGGCGCGUGCAGGUGCCCACGCGUCCGUAUGAGCCCGCGCGCUUCGACAUCUUUUUCAAGAUUGCGUGGGAGGCGUUGCCGAAGCUCGCCGAGCGCCUCAUGACCAAAGAGCUCCGCAUGAGCUGCGAGUCCGAGGGCGCGCGCGUGAAUGCGGCGCUCGACGAGGCGAUGCGGGACUACGAGAGCUCCGCCACCAAAACGGUGCACGUGCUCAGGCAGCUUGAGCGCCUGCUGAUCCACGCGCGGCUGAGCGAGGUCCGCACCGAGGUGCUCGGGCGCGUGCUGGCGACGAAGCGGCGCGUGCUCGUCGAGCGGCUGAAGCACCAUCUUGCGGCGCUCCAGGAGGAGGCAGCAGCCGAGGCGCGGCGCGGCCCGCUCGCGCUGCUGAUCGCGCGCUGCGACGCUCUGCGCGAGACGGUGGAAGAGUGCCGCGCCCUCGCGGAUGACGGGGCCAUGCUGGACUAUCAGCUCCACGCCGGCGAGCCCAUCGACUUCGAGGACUUCGAGCUCGACGCCGAUGUGACGCGUCUUCGCGCGGCGCUGCACUUGCGCGCGCGGCGCCUCGAGAGCGCGGCGGACCUGCGUCAGCAGGCCGAACGCAUCAGCUUGCUCUCGCAGCAGCUCGCGAAUGGGCUGGCGCUGCACGAGCGAGAAUUCGAGGACGACAGUGGCGCCGACGGCGGCCUGCUCGAGCCGCUCAAGAGCACCGAGGGCUUCGCCGGGCUGGUCAAGACCGCGUUACUGGAGCUGGGUGGGAUUUAUGAGGAUGACCCUGCGGCGUUGGCGCUUGGCGCUGGCGGGGAUGUCGACAACGAUUAG